AUGACACGAUCAUUAACGAGGGCAGCUCUGUCGAUUUCGGCCAGGACAGGCACCCGUGCAAAGUUAAGCAUCGGCACGGGAUCUCCGCAGCUGGAACAUGUCCUCCCGCAGCCCCCCGCGCCUCCUCCUCCCGCACCGCCGGGCGGGCGAUGGAGUUACCUUGACGCUCCUGGUAGAGAAGCCAGAGACGGAGGGAGGCGGCGGCGGCCUUGGCGGAGCGCGGCCGAUGCCUGGCGGCGGCGGCGGCCCGAGUGCGGUUCUCGCCGGGCUCGGUCGCUGCCGCGGCGGCGCAGGAGCCCUGUAGGCCUCGGCCUCGGCGGCGGCGGCAGCGCGGCCUCCCCGGCGCAGGGCGGCGUCGGCGGCGGCGGGUUCAGGCGCGGGCGGCUCCGCUCAGUCCCGUGCACUCCCCGCUGCCUGCGGUGCUGCUGCCUCUUCACAUUCCCGGAGAAGGGCCCUGCGAGGCGGGAGGGAGCCGAGCCGAGCCGAAGGGGAGCGGCGGGCGCGAGGGGGGGCAGUGCCGGGCAGGGCGGGGAGCGCUGCUGUUCCGCCGGCGGCUGGCGCGGGGGAGAGCGAACGGCGGGUCCCGGUGGGCGUCGGGGUCUCGCUCCUAUUGUGGCUCUCAGCGGGCUCCGGCCAUGGCACUCGCUCGCACGCACUCGCUCUCGCUCACAACCGAGCGCGCUGCUGCCACCGCCCCCCGCCCGCGGACCGCCCCCGACCGCCCACCGGAGCCGCCGCCGGGACGCGCCGCCUCAGUGGCGCCCGGAGCCGCCUUGGCCGCCGGGACCGCCGGGAAAGGGCCGCCCCCUCCCCCGGCAGCGCGGCCCCGCGGCCCCUCGCGUCCCUCGUCUUUCUCGCCCGCGCGUCGCUCGCAUCCCUCGCCCGGGCGAGCGGCGGGGCCCGUCGGCUGAGCAGUAA